AUGUCAUCAUCAUCAUCAACAGUUCAAGUAAUUGUUUCUAUCUCUCAAUAUAUUAUGAUUUAUCUUGGAUUUUCUGUUUUAUUGAUGGGAACUAUUGGUAACAUAAUAAAUAUUAUCGUAUUACAUAAACUUCGACUUUUUCGAAGAAAUCCAUCUGUUUUUUACUUUACUGUCGAGUCUAUUGGUAAUUUAGCUCAACUUCUUAUUAAUUAUCCAACACGUAUUAUGAUGGAUGGAUAUACCAUUAAUUAUACGAAUAUGUCACUAGUUUGGUGUAAAAUUAGAGCAUUUCUUGCUACAGUUCUGACUCUCAUAUCUAUGUAUAUAGUGUGCUGUGCAUCUUUUGAUCAAUAUCUUUCAACACACUAUCUAAUCUAUUUGAGACAAAAGAGUACCCAUUCGUCGGCCAAAUAUCUUACAUUUAUCACUAUUUUCUUUAUUAUUCUACAUGGUAUUCCAUUUAUUAUUCUCUUUGAUCUACCACCUUCAAUGGUUUGUACAACUUAUAAUACAAUAUUCAGUCGAUAUUAUUCAUCUGUUUACUAUCCUAUUGUACAAGGUGCAUUACCAAUGAUAAUUGCAUCAUUAUUCAGUUUUUUGGCUUUUCGAAAUGUUCGCCGAAUUGUUCGACGACAAAUUCCAAUUGUACGUCGUCGACUUGAUCGACAAUUCACAGCCAUGGUUCUUGCUCGUGUCGCUUGUCUUGUAACUUUUAUUCUACCCUAUGCAAUCUAUCGAAUAUAUGUACUUAAUAUAAUUGUCAAUCAAGAUCAACUUGUUUUAUUGGCCAUUAAUAAUAAUCUACUGGCAUCACUCACUAUUACAUUUUUCUAUGUUAAUUAUGCAGUAAGUCAUCUAUGA